UACAAACUAUUAAAAAAAAAAGCACCACUAUCCAUUUGAAUGCAUCUUGUGACUGACGAAAAGGGAAAAUUCAACAUGGAGUUGGAUUUCUUGUGGAUGAUUGUUUCAGCUUUAUUGGGUUGCUAUGUCUUUAUAUUUUGGUUUCUCAGGAGAGUGAAUGAGUGGUAUUAUGUUGGCAUGGUGGGUAAAUCGACAUUUCGUCUUCCUCCAGGUGAUAUGGGAUGGCCUUUUCUUGGUAACAUGUUGCCUCUCUUCAAAUCUAUAAGAUCUGCUGACACCAACUCAUUCAUUUACAGCCUCAUCUCCAGAUAUGGCAAUACUGGUAUCUACAAGACCCACAUGUUUGGGUGCCCAAGCAUCAUCGUAUGUAAGCCUGAAAUUUGCCGACGUGUGUUGACAAAUGAUGAGCACUUCACACUUGGUUAUCCCAAAUCCACCAAUCUUUUAGGAGGAAGAGUAUCCUUACACUCGGUUUCCAGUGAAGAACACAAGCGUCUACGUCGGCUAAUUGCAUCUCCCAUCAAUGGCCAUGAGGCACUAACAAUGUAUAUCCAACAUACACAGGACAUUGUCAUUGAUUCCUUCGAUGAAUGGGCUAGCAUGAAGAAACCAUUUGAGUUCUACACAGAGAUAAAGAAGGCUACUUUCAAGAUAAUGACACACAUUUUCAUGGGCUCUGUUAACGAUUCUACUCUCUGGACAACACAUAAUUUGUAUGCUGAUUACCGUAAGGGAUUAAUGUCCAUGGCCAUUAAUAUCCCGGGCUUUGCUUUCCAUAAAGCAUUCAAGGCACGGAAGAAGAUGGUGAAAGUACUUCAAUCUAUAUUGGACAAAAAGAGAGAGAUGACUGAAAGUAAACAACACCAGGGAACGAAAGAUAUGAUGGAUUUGCUUUCGGAAGCUGAAGACGAGGAUGGUCGAAAAUUGGAGGAUGAGGAUACUGUAGAUUUGAUACUUCUUUUCUUGUCAGCAGGUUUUGAUAGCUCCGCAGUUUCUAUAUUAUGGGCAAUAAUACACCUAACAGAAAAUCCCGAGGCACUCAGAAAAGCCAAGGAAGAGCAAGAAGAGAUCAUAAAGAGAAGACCAUCUAACCAGAAAGGGUUGAACCUUAAGGAAAUUAAACAGAUGGAAUAUCUUGCUAAGGUAAUUGAUGAGAUGAUGCGCAUGACAAAUAUCUUUUCACUAUUCCGAGAGGCGAAGGCCGAUGUUAGCAUCAAUGACUACAUUAUACCUAAAGGUUGGAAAGUUUUGGUUUGGUAUGGAGCUGUUCAUAUGGAUCCUGAAAUUUAUGAUAACCCACAAAACUUUAAUCCAUCGAGAUGGGAUAAUUUAAAAGCCAAAGGAAAUGCUUUCAUCCCCUUUGGUGCGGGCAGCAGAUCUUGUCCUGGAAGUGACCUGGCUAAACUUGUGAUAAGCAUUUUCUUACAUCAUUUUCUCCUUAACUAUAAAUUGGAGCGAGUUAAUCCAAAAUCCCCAUUAUGUUACAUACAAGGACCAAUGCCUAAAGACCUAUGCCUCGCCCAAGUCAUAAGGAUCCAAUAAACCCAAUACAUGAAGAGGAAAGUGAUUCUUUACCACAUUUAGCUAAAUUUAGCUGGAAUAUUCACUCAAUGCAGGGUAAAGAUUCGCCUUGCUUCAUGCCUACCAGGAAAAUAUAUUCGUUCUGUGUGAAUAUGCAUGUCUUGAUAUUUUAAAUUCGCUAUACCGUAUUUGUAAGAUUUGCUGAAGUUUCUUGUUUAAUGAUUGCGUGACUUUGAAGGAAAUAUCUUUAUGGUUGGAUUAUAAAUUGUUUUAAAUAAUAAAUAUAUGUUAUAUAUAUUGGGUUGGAUUCAA